AUGAGCAUCUUCAAUCGAGUAGCGAGGCGGAAAUUCCGGCAAAGAAACCGGGAAAAUGGCCCUGAAUCACACGAAAUGCUCAGUAAACUGGCCAUUCUAGCGAACCAAUGCGUUCUUCGGCUCAUCAGUGGUCAGUACACAACGAGAAAGCUCGCCAUGUUCGGUCCUAAUACCUCGACGAGGCAACGACAUCCCAUAGAUAAAGAUACCGUGAAGAAGGUUGAGCUCGAGAAAUCAAGACAGCUGCGCCAUGGCGUUGAACGCUACCUCGGCCUUGACACUGCCUCCAGAGAAUCCACUCUGCUCGAGGACAGCAAGCAGCUUGUGAGUCCUGGCCAUGCCAAAGCCCCGAAACCACUUUGUGGUAAGCCGCCUUGUUCCUACAAGCGAUACUCGGAGCACCAGCAGGAAACUGAUCUCGGGGAGCGAUUCGAUCCCGCCCGCAGACCUUCGACGCCCGUUGCUUGGGCCACCGGCGGAGCAUAUAAGCGACUUCCAAGACAUUCGACCAGGAUUCGCACCACCAAAGUCCAGCAGCCGGUAACAAUUCCACCUUGCUACCCUUCUGGAAUUGAUUACUGGCUUGGAGGCUUUUGGGAUGACAAUUCCGCCUGCCAGGCCAGGGGAACACCUGUUCUGAACCUUGUGCCCCCUCCUGAAGAUGGCGAGGACGUCGGCUCUGGCAAGCAGUUGGCUGACAUUUGGUCUAGACCAUCACCGUCACCCCACGACGCAUCCGACAAGUCUCUGUUGUAUGGGAACAGGUAUGAGCGGCCUCGGGAGCGAAGCAAGCGCCAGGCCUCUUCGACUGACUCAUCAGCAUGCACAGGAGACAAGGCGUCUAUGGACCGAACCUUUUCUGUGCCUCUCUAUGUUGUGAACCGUGACGGCGGUAAUGACAGCGGCGUUCAGGGCGACGAGGCCCAAGUUUUACAAGAGGAUCCCGUCGGCGUGGCGAGUCCAAUAGCUUCCGACUAUCUGACCAGGGCGAAAGAGUAUCCGCCGCUGACCUACGACGGUGAAGAGUGGGGAGAUGAGCUGGUUGACUCUUCUCACUAUCUAGGGACUGUGGAUGAGGAUUACCGUCGUAGUACCUACUACGAUGAUCCCACUCAGCUUGCAGUAAAGUAUAACACGUACUUCUGCUACUAA